AUGGCGAACCGUGGCACCGCCGCUCUUGUGAUCGCGUGCCUCCUUGCCGCGGCCAGCCUGGCGGACGCAGCAGUGCCGCCGCUGUCGCAGCUGUUCUGCAGAAAGGUGUACGGGGUGCAGGAGCAGGAGACGUGCUUCGUCGUGGCGCAGGCCGCCGGGCUGACCCUGACGCAGUUCCUCGGCUUCAACCCCAACAUCAACUGCCGGAACCUCUUCAUCGGCCAGUGGGUAUGUCUUGAUGCUAUUAUCGUUUCAUAG